CGUGCUCGGUGCUGACCAAUAGCGUGGCGCUCUGGGUGUAGAUCUUCCCUGGCCUGUAUACAGGCCGGGCUUCGCAACAACUUUCUGGCUGACACUCCAUCGUAUCUACUCUCUUUUAUGAGUGCUAGCAACACUGUCGAGAAUACAUAAUGGUGUGGGAACAGCUACUGUUGGAGAAGGCCCACAUAGCCUACGCGUGUGUGGGAAUCUUUAGCACCUUCUUCUCGCUUCUAUCCCUCUUUGUCAAGGAACGGUUGUAUAUCGGAGAGGCGACGGUGGCCACCAUCGCCGGGUUGAUUCUAGGGCCCCACUGUCUCAACUGGUUCGACCCCCUAUCGUGGGGUGAUGCCGAGUACAUCACGUUGGAAAUAUCCCGGAUUGUGUUGUGCAUCCAGAUCGUGGCGGUGGCCGUGGAAUUGCCCCGUAAGUACAUGAAGAAGCACUGGGUGUCGGUGUUCAUCUUCUUGCUCCCCGUGAUGACCAUGGGCUGGUUGGUGGUUGGCUUGUUCAUCUGGUGCCUUAUUCCCCAUUUCAACUACGCCGACGCCCUUUUAGUCAGUGCCUGUGUCACUGCCACCGAUCCUGUGUUGGCUGCAGCCGUCGUGGGUAAGGGUAAGUUCGCCGAAAGAGUCCCUGGUCACUUGAGAAACUUAUUGUCUGCCGAAUCAGGUAGUAACGACGGGAUGGCCGUGCCGUUCAUCUUCCUUUCCCUCAAUUUGGUGUUGCAUCCUGGCAACGCCCACGAGGUGUUCAAGGAUUGGUUUUUAAACACCGUCUUGUGGGAGUGUGUUUUUGGGUGUUUCUUGGGGGUGGUCAUAGGUUAUGUCUCCAGAAAGGCCGUCACCUUUGCCGAAAAGAAGAACUUGAUUGAUCGUGAAUCCUUCUUGGCCAUUUUCAUCUUCAUCGCUUUCAAUUCCGCUGGUCUCGGCUCCAUGUUGGGUGUCGAUGACUUGUUGACUUCAUUUGCUGCCGGAACUGCCUUUGGUUGGAACGGUGCUUUUGCAAAGAAAACCGAGGAAUCGCAUGUGUCCACAGUUAUUGAUUUGCUUCUUAACUUGGCUUUCUUUGUCUACUUUGGAGCCAUCGUGCCUUGGCCCAUGUUCAACGAAUCUGCGAUCGGUUUGAACGUUUGGAGACUUAUCGUCUUGGCCAUAGUUGUUGUCUUCUUAAGAAGAUUACCAGCGGUCUUGGCGCUAAAACCGGUAACUCCUGAUGUCAAGACUUGGAGAGAGGCUAUUUUCUGUGGUCACUUCGGUCCCAUUGGUGUUGGUGCAAUCUUCGGUGUUCUUUUAGCUCGUGGCCAUUUGUCUGAGUUUUAUCACGAGGAAACCACCCCCCUCAACCAGUUACCUGGUGAAGAUCACCCUCACUAUUUACUUUAUUCGGCUCUUUGGCCAAUGGUAUCCUUCUUGGUUAUAACUUCAAUUAUUGUGCAUGGUUCUUCGGUUGCAGUUCUUACUUUGGGUAAGCGUCUUAAUAGAAUGGCAAUCACCAUGUCUUUUACUGCUACAAACACCCAAGAUCAAGGUCCAAACUGGAUGUCCAGAUUGCAAAAGUUGGACAAAGUUUCCACUUCAUUCUCCUUACAAAGAGUUGACACACAUGCUCAGUCUAUUGAUGAAUCACAAAAGUUGAAUAAAUCCAAUACAAUUGAAACUAGUGGAAUUAAAGUUAGACCUGCCGGAGGUGCUGCUGCCCUCAAGCACACGUUAUCCAGAGGCCAUGCCGGUAGUGAUUAUGAAGAGGAGCCGACUACAGAGAGACAUAGACCUCAAGCAGAGUUUUUGCAGUUGGGUAGAACCCCAUCUGCCGUCCCAGCUUCGUCCCAUUCAAAUGAUACCCCAACCAAAGAGAGCUAUGACGACUCUUCUUCUCAAAAUGAGAAAUUGGAAAUCGUCAUUCCUACAAAUAACACUGAGGAACCUGUGAAUUUCAAUAAUCCAAUUGAAGAGUUUAAUACUCCGGUCGAGAACUUCGAUGAUCUUAGUCCAACCGGAACUUCCUUGGCAGAUCGGAAACAACAAAAGGAAUCUAUUCCAACCACUGCCUUCCAAGAAGGAGAACAGAUUAUUAUCGAGGAUCAACAUGGUGAGAUUGUAGAAUCACUUCCAAUGAAACAAUUUAGAGAAGAAGGUUCCAAGAUGCUCGACGAUAGAAAUGAUGUCCAAAGUAUUCAUUCGGCAAACUCGUUGAGAAGAAAGUUAUCCCAAUACUCAUCAAUUUCAGCUGGAACAUCACACUCGUCUGAACGUGAGGAGGCUAGUAUCUAUCAAAAAUUGGAAAAGACCAACAGCCGUUCAAAGAGAGCAUAUUAUAGAAAGAGUGAUCCUAGUCAUCGUAAGGUCUAUGCCCAUCAAGUUGACAAUUUGAUUGUGAUUGAAAAUGAAGACGGUGAAAUUAUUAGAAGAUAUAGAGUCAAUCCCCAUGUUGAUCCACAAAAGGCAAGAUCUAGGUCUUCAAGUAUUGUCGGAAAAGCAUUGUCUUUUGUCGGAAUCAAACAAAAGGGACCAGUUAUACCCAUGGAUACCCAAACCUCCCCUGGCUCAAGCAAUAUUCCAAGCAUCAACGUUUCGAGCUCACCGGAAAACAACAAUGCUAACAUUUUGGUAGUUGAGCACGAUUCAAAGAGUCCAACUUCACCUCUUGACGAUCCAAAGAUUACUAGCAGGGUUGAAAACAAGCUCACUCAGAUCUUGAACAACAACCAAUUGAAAAAGCCCGAUGCAAACGUCACAGCCAAGCUCCAUAGAGUACCUACCACUGUGUCGGAGUUCCUGGAGGAAGAAGAUGAGGAACUCUCGGAGAACUCUGAAAACUCCGAUGACGAUGAUGAUGAGGACGAUGACGAUGAUGAGCAUAUGCACGAAACUGAGGUGGAGAAGAGAAGAAGGUUGGCUGCAUUGGGACACUCGAAGCGUGAUGCCAGAGACGAGGAAGAGUGAAGAAGAGUAUUGUAUUUAUUUUGUUGUCAACUUAAUGUGUUGUACGGAGGAAUCUUGUAACAAGUGUCAUUAAUGUGCUAGCACAUAGGUAAUGUACGUGAUAAUCAGAAUAAUUGUAGUAUUGGUUCGUCAUCG